UGAAGUUAGUGGGGCCUGAGCCCGAUCCGAUCUCCCAUCUCCCGGUUCAUCUUUUGCCAAGCCGGCUUGGCAUCGGAUGCCGUGUGGUUCGCAAAACUAAUUCGGAGCUAAAAUUCGAUACAUCACCACCCCGUAACCAGCGCUGUACUCUGUCUUUCCUUCCUCAGCCCUAUCUAGCACUUGAACCCCUGCUAGCCUUUGUCCAAGCGUUCCACACAUGGCUACUGCCAGCAGCAAAACGUACAUCGUCGAGCACCUCGACCCCGAGCUGGGAACCUGGUCCGAGCUGGAGUACCUCGCCAUUGCCCGCGAAUCGCAGGAAGCUGGCGCCAAAUUCUGUCUGUCAUCUUUGCCCGAAACGUUCAAGGUUCCCGAGGCUUUGAGCAGUAUUCCCUCCUUCACGGCUGAGACUCGGAGUGUUGAGGACUUGUAUGCAAGCGACAAGUCCCGCGUGUGCCUGCUUGAUCCCGCUGCUGCCAGAGACCUCGCGCCGGAGGACGGCGAGAAGUUCGAUGCAUUUUUGUUCGGUGGUAUCUUAGGAGACGAUCCCCCGAGAGACAGGACGUCUGAGCUGCGAAAGAAGGGCUUCGAAGGCCGCCGGCUUGGGCCGAUCCAGAUGACCACCGAUACGGCAGUCCGAGUUACGCGGCUGGUUGUCCAGGGCAAAACUCCCCUAAAUGAGAUACCCUAUCUGGAUCACCCAGAACUCAAGUUCAACAAGCAUGAGAGCACUCAGAUGCCCUUCCGAUAUGUCAAGGGCCAAGAUGGGAAACCGAUUAUGCCCGAGGGCAUGUUUGAUUUGAUCAGACAGGACUCGGACAAGGCAAUUGAUGAUUUAUUUUGAGACCCAAAUUUACUCCUUUUCCCGUGCGAUCUGGAACCCUGCCAGUUUUGAGAUGCAACGCCGGCACCAAUACCGUGGGGUUCUUCAUCGUGAUCGGGGUAGCUUACCUAUCUUAUCUCAA